UUGCCUUAUGCUGUUAGUCCGUGCGAUAACUCGGGGUUUGCUACUCGGGAACAGACUGAAUCUCUUUAGCUUUUAAUUGCUAUAGAGCAAUUUGGAACUUUGCAUAUUUCGCCGCAGUCCGAAUAAAUUAAUGAAGUUCGAUUACCUAGACUACUCAUUGUACUGAGGUCAGCCUAGUGGCUCAAACUACGUGGAGACUCGGGAGAUCGUCUGCAGCAGAUACCAAAUAGUCGGCAAGAGAGACAUUUAAGAUUUUAAUGCUUAAUUUGAGUGCUAUCCACUUUUACUGACAAGGCUUAUUUUUUGACACAACGCACAGGUAGAAAAAGAAUUGUGAAGAAACUUCGUGAAAAAGUUGAGCGCUUUACUGGUAGAAUUGUGGGAUUUUUUAACCAGCACGUUUAACGGCAAGCGCAAGUACAACGCAUUCACUGAUAAACAGCACCUCCGCCAUAGCUGGUUUACUAUAUUCUGAAAUAAGCUAAUUUAGAACUUGUUAAAGUAAAUUGGAUCAAUUGUCGUCAGUUAAGGGAAAGGGAAACCCUUCAUUUUUUCAGUAUAAACAAAGCUCACAAUCUGAUGACAUUUCGACAAAACCUGGAAUUAUUUGGGAGGCAAUCAUUUUACAAAGUCAAGAAGUUUAUUUUUACUUAUCUGAUUGCGGCAAGGUCGAAAAGUUGAUUUUUACAUUUGGUCUGGUUUUCUGUAUAAAGAAGUGCACUCUUGUACAAGCUGUAGAAGUGCAACCAUACGAAGAAAAGCUAAGGACACUAACUGGAGGAAUUGCGUACGGACGGGCACUUGCACUGAAGAAGAAAAGCUAAUCGCUGACCAGUGCUAACAGACAAGAAAAGUGAGAGCAAAAGACGCAGAUCUUCGAGAGGUUUAGUUCACAUCCAAUGGAUCUGAUUAAAAACUAACAACAACUCCAGAAAACUAGAAAAUACUCCAAUUUUUAACUCACUAUGGGCCUGGAAGACGACAUAGACCGUAAAGAUGAGGGCAAAGAACAGGCUGCACAGGAGAAUCUCCUGGGUGACAGCCUCGCCAAAGGAGAUGAUGUCAAGGGAGCCGUUGACGAAAAAAGCAAAGGUCUACCCGAAAGUGACGAACGAGAAACAUGGGGAAAGAAGAUAGACUUCCUUCUGUCUGUUAUUGGAUUUUCAGUAGAUCUGGCAAAUGUUUGGAGGUUCCCAUACUUGUGCUAUAGAAAUGGCGGAGGUGCCUUUUUGCUACCUUACUGCCUGAUGUUAAUCUUUGGGGGAAUUCCCUUAUUUUAUAUGGAACUUGCCUUGGGCCAAUAUACAAGAAAAGGUGCAAUAACCUGCUGGGGAAGGAUAUGUCCUUUAUUAAAAGGUAUCGGCUAUGCAGUAGUUCUGAUAGCCUUCUACACAGAUUUUUACUACAAUGUCAUCAUAGCCUGGUCGCUGUAUUACUUCUUUGCUUCGUUCACCACCAAUUUACCGUGGUCAACGUGCGGCAACUCAUGGAACACUGAUGAUUGCUUCGACGGAAAAGCAUCGGAACGACCACCUUACGAUCUCAUGUCCACAGAGAGCCCUGGAAAUUGGACUUUUUCCAACUUCUCGGCCUCAGAUAAGGUCGUUGGAGUUGCAUUGACGAAUUUUAUGAACAAUGGAAGUGACCUGUACGUCAAUUACGGAAUUAAUGGAAGUUAUCUAAAUCAGACUUUUAUUGAUAACACUACGGCUAUGGCAAUGACAACAACCGAGAGGAAAUCACCGGCGGGGGAGUAUUUUGCGCGCCAUGUGUUGGAGAUGCACGAGAGUGAUGGCAUUCAUGACCUAGGAAUGGUAAAAUGGCAACUUGUCCUCGCCUUAUUAGCGGUAUACCUCAUCUGCUAUUUCAGUAUGUGGAAAGGAAUAUCAACCUCCGGAAAGGUGGUGUGGUUCACUGCCGUAUUCCCGUAUGUGGUGUUGCUUAUUCUUCUCAUCAGAGGACUAACCUUACCGGGAUCCGUGGACGGCAUCAUGUACUAUCUGAAACCAAACUUGGCAGAGAUGAAGAAGGCACAGGUUUGGGUCGAUGCGGCACAACAGAUUUUCUUCUCUCUUGGACCGGGGUUUGGGGUACUACUUGCGUUUGCUAGUUACAACAAGUUCCACAAUAACGUCUACAAAGAUGCUAUAGCCACUAGUUGCAUUAACUGUGCAACCAGCUUUCUGUCAGGUUUUGUUAUUUUCUCCAUUCUGGGGUAUAUGUCUGCAAAAAGCAAUAUUCCUAUCGACAAAGUGGCGACGGAAGGGCCUGGGUUAGUGUUUGUUGUGUAUCCAGAAGCAAUUGCCACUUUGCCAGGGUCAACAUUUUGGGCUCUCAUUUUCUUCAUGAUGCUUCUAACACUCGGUCUGGACAGUUCAUUCGGAGGUUCGGAAGCUGUCAUAACAGCCAUCAGCGACGAAUUUCCAAUACUGCACAAGAAAAGAGAGAUUUUCGUCGCAGUCCUGUUCAGUCUAUACUUUCUCGUUGGCUUAGCAAGCUGUUCACAGGGUGGUGUCCUUGUCGUCCAUUUAAUGGACAGAUUCGCAGCCGGAUACUCCAUAAUGUUUGCAGUAUUCUUUGAAGCAAUGGCCAUUUCUUGGUUUUAUGGUGUGGACCGGUUCUGUGAGGACAUCCAGGAGAUGUUGGGAUUCAAACCUGGCAUAUUCUGGAGGGUUUGCUGGAUGUUUGUUGCCCCCAUCUUCAUCCUGUUUAUCAUGGUAUUUGGACUGGUAAAGUAUGAGCCCCUCCAGUAUGAGGAUUAUCAGUAUCCUUGGUGGGCCAACAUGAUUGGGUGGUUUAUUGCAUGUUCUUCCAUGGUUUGCAUCCCCGCCUUCGCCAUCUACAAACUGUAUUCCACACCAGGCACUCUUAUUGAACGCCUAAAAUACUCUAUCAUCCCAUGGAGAGACCUGCAGGAGACCCCUCACGCUACUGUAGAUGGCGUAGUGAUGACCAACGGGGGACACGUGACAGGAGAUGUCGUCUAAUGAGUAAAGGGCUACUCAAUUUCUUCAUGGGCGGUAUCACGUGCACGUCGGACAUUGUAUAUAUGGUUUCAAAUUCUUGUAUUAUCGUAGAGUUGGGUAACGCUGUACCCUUCGGCACGCACACACACAAAAAAGACAGUGAAUGUUUCCACUUUGUCAAAUAUCGUUAAACGUCAUAAUUAGUGCAUGAUUUCCAAGCCUGGGGAAAAGAAAUAAAAACAAAUAUUAUGUUAAAUCCAACAGUCACGUAGAUGAUGGUAAUAUCACUUGAUUUAUAACACGUGUUCCGGUCGAGGCUCAGCCUGAAAGUCGCAGUGUUUGAAAUUUGGUAAUGAAGAAGUCGUCGUCAUUUACUGUUGCAAUAAUUUAGAUGUUUCAUACGUGAUAACAAUUUGAAAAAGGAUGUUUCCGCAAGCAGCACUGGUUUUGUUGAUUGAAGCAAAUAACUUUAUCAAAAUAUUAAUCAAAAGAUUACAUGAGUAUCUUUCCAUGUCAUAUGUAGUAACCCAGUGGAUAUCUACGCCGAUCUAGAUCCAGCAUGUUGUUUAUAGGAUGAUUUUUGUGCACUAGUUUUAUUUUUAUGCGCAUGGUCGCUGUUUAUUCUCCCAUUUGCAUUGGAUAUGCUGUUAGAUGUAAACAGAGCGACGCUGUUGUCUACAUUUUGGAUUUUCUACUGCCGAUAUUAAAUUGUAAAUACAAACAAUUGUCAAAAGUAUUAUGUAUAUGAAUGAUGCUUGUAUCAUUUUUGUGUGAUUGUCGCAUGUGGCCUGAAUUUAAAAUCCCGGAAAAAAGUUUGUUGCAUAAUACACGUCAAGAACAGGGUAAGCAUACUGUCAUUGUAUUAUCCACCGCUACCCAUGCCUGAAACGAUUUAUUAUAACGGGUAAGGUGAGUAAAGAGUAGCUAAAAAACCAUGAUUGCUGUUAUUCAGUGCUUUCGUUGUUCAAGAUAGAAUCUGAUUAACAGGUUAGUUUUAGAUACAGUAGAAAAAGAUGAAUGUAUAUCGUAUUGUACUUAACGGUUGUACUUGUGCUAAUACUUUUUUAUUUUUCUUGUAAUGAACGUGACGGGUAAUAAAUAUGUAUUGAUUUCAAAGAAAUGUAUAUAGGAGACUUACAUUGCGGAUAUAUAUAUGAUGUAUUAUCAAUUUUGUGUAUGUAAUAAAAAUAAAUGUU